UGGGUUUAGGAUAACACAGCACAAGCUAGGAUGGCAGAGGUGAAACUACACGGAUUUUGGUAUAGUCCUUAUACUUUGAGGGUAGUAUGGACCUUGAAUCUAAAGGGUAUACCAUAUGAGAACAUAGAGGAAGAUCGUUUCAAUAAAAGUCCUCUGCUUCUUCAAUAUAACCCAAUACACAAGAAGACUCCAGUGUUGGUUCAUGAUGGAAAACCCAUAUGCGAGUCAAUGAUCAUUGUUGAAUACAUUGAUGAGAUAUGGCCACAAAACACAUUGCUUCCUGCUGAUCCUUAUGAUAGAGCUCAAGCCCGAUUUUGGGUUAAAUAUGUCGAUGAAUUGAUUUCGGUAAUUGCAGCAUUCCUCCAUAGCAAAGUUGGUGAAGAGCGUGAAAAGGCCAGAGAAAAUUUAUGGGAGCGACUCAGAGUUAUUGAGGAUCAGUGUUUGGAUGAUCGGAAGACAUUUUAUGGGGGAGACACCAUUAACAUUGUAGACAUAGCUCUUGGAUCUUUUAUCAAAUUUAUUGAGGUUCAGGAAGAUAUGUUUAAAGUGAAGAUCUUGCAAAGUGAGAGAUUUCCCCGAUUGCAUUUAUGGUUUAAUAAUUUUAAGGAUGCUCCCGUCAUCAAAGAAAACACCCCUGACCAAGAGAAGUUGGUGGCCUUUCUUAAUCCUCUAAUUGAAAAAAUCAAGGCAGUCAAGGCAUCUUCUUGAGAAAAUUAUGGCUUUUAUGAAUUUGGUAUACAAAGCAUUUGUAUCUUCAUGGGUCAUCUUGUCAUGUGCAUUUCUUGAUGUUACUAAUAGCUUGCUUAAUGUUGUCUUUGUACGUCAAUAAUCAGAGUUUAAAAUGAUUUCACUUCUUUCAAUGUUGAAAGUAAGGACCAAACGUCUAAUAAAGUAAAAGUUUAGUUGAUUACUAUCUUAUUUUUAGUACUUGAUUGCUACCUUAUAAGCGGAAAUAAGAAAACCACUGAUGAUUGCUACCUUGUAAUUUCAUCAGAGAUGUUGAAAGUUUAAAUAUUACCUUUUUUCUAUGAUGUA